CGAUUGUUUUGAACCAUGAAUUCUCUGAUCUUUUCUGCUUUUAUUUGCGUUGUCGUAGCGGAUACUCACAAUGGCUUCGGAGCGCACCCUCCUCCAAGCAACGGUUAUGCGCCCCCAAGUAACACAUAUGGCACGCCCAACGGCGGCUACGGAGUAGACCCUGAGAUUGCCGCUUUGGCCGAGAACAUUCCAGGGGGCGGCGUCCCCGGCGAGGACUACCCCAUCUUGGCUUCCGUGCCCGACACCGGAUUCUCCUGCGAUGCCCAGGCGGUGCAAGGUUAUUACGCCGACACUGCAGCUGAAGCCGGCUGCCAGGUGUUCCAUAUCUGCCAGGACCGCGCCCUCAGGCGCCAACAGGACUCCUUCCUGUGCCCCAACGGUACCAUCUUCAACCAGCAGUACCUGGUAUGUGACUGGUGGUUCAACGUGGACUGUUCUCAAGCUGAGAGCUUCUACUCCGUCAACGAGCUCAUCGGAGUCGUUCCCGACGCCGGUUAUGCUUAUGCUGCCGCCGCCAAUGGUCUUGCCAUUGGCAACGGCAACGGUUAUGGAAACAGAAGGAAAUGAAAUGGAAGUAAGAAUGGCUCACAGCGCCCUCCAGCUUUUAUGGAAUUCCUUCAGUAUUAUUGUAAAUAUAUCUAGAUAUUUAUGCAUUAAUGUUUAAUUGAUUACUGCCUGACUUUGCUGGAUUACCUAGAAGCAACUGCUCCGCUUGAAUCGUAUACCUUACAGUAUUAAUACCCUACAGUCAUUCGAAUAAACAUAAAA